CCCAUCCUGUGGAACUUGUUCUUCGCAGAUUUCACCUGUCUGCCUCACGACGACGACGUCUGGUUCGGUGACCUCCGCAUUCCUUAUCUGGCUCAAGCGGACGACAUUUUGCUGCUGUCCACGUCGCCAGAGGGCCUACAAUCCAAGCUCGACUCCCUCGCAUCCUGGUGCUUGCGCAAUGGGCUCGCGGUCAACGUAUCAAAGAGCUUCUUACUCGCGUUCGGACCCCUGCCACUUGCCCUGCCUCGAAUCACCCUCUAUGGCGAACGACUGCAGCUGACGGACUGUACCGCCUACGUGGGCGUGUUGCUGGCGACGUCGAAGCGCAACGUCUAUGCAAAUCAUCGCGUAUUGCAAGCGAAGAAGGCGCGCGCGGUGGCUAACUCUACUCUAGGAGUGGAGGGGCUCAUUGGUCCCAUACCCCCCUUCUUCGCACGGAAGCUUUACAACGCGCGCAUACAUCCCCAUCUCAUAUCUGCAUGCGUGGUCGACCUCGACGUCAACACCGCAGACCUGCGUGAGCUCGAGGACGUACAGAACACCUUCGCGCGCCGCGUGUCGCGACUGCCCGCCCACACCCAAAUACUUCCGGUGCUGAUGGACCUUGGGCUACGUCCGCUUCGAUACGCCCGUAUGCACGAGGUACUGCGU